AUGAAUCCGCUCCUACUCCAAUCACACGAUAAGCAACUAAUCGAACAACCAACUCAAAUUUUAGAAUAUAGUACACUUCAUUAUAUAGAUCCACGAUCGUUAGAUCUGUAUCAAACAUCACAGACUUUUACAGAUCCACUAUCAUCUCAUAUAGAUGUACAUAUACAAGAUCAUAUAAAUACACGGCAAUUUGAAUCAAGUGUAUUGAUGGAAACAAAGAGGAUUGUAUAUUUAAUAAAGGAAGAAAAAGAGGUCGAAAACCUGGUAGCAAGAACAAACAAAAGUUUUAGUAUUUUGAGUUCAAGCAUAAGGCAACCACAAAGGUAUCUUAAUUCAUAG